AUGGAGGAGCCAACGAUCCCAAUUAGCUCGUUGUCCUCCGAACACGACUCAUCGCCCCCUUCAUCAUCAUCAUCGACGUCAUCAUCGCCAUUGUCAUCAUCGCCAUUGCCAUUGUCAUUGUCAUCGCACACAAGCCAACCUCGGUCUCUUGUUCAACCUUCGAACAAGAAUAAACACAAACCGGCAAAAGUCUUUCGCGUUUUUCGCUCCAUGUUCCGAUCAUUCCCUAUCAUAACACCAACCAUGUGCAAGAUGCCCUCCCAUUCAACCAACAUGUUUCUAGACGGAAAGGUUACCCACUCCGGAUACCAAACCACAGGAACUCUAUUUGGUCAUCGAAAAGGACGUAUUAGCUUAUCAAUACAAGAAAAUCCUAGAACACUCCCAACCCUAGUUGUCGAAUUAGCCAUGCAAACCAACGUGUUGCAAAAGGAGAUGAGUUUGGGAAUGGUGAGGAUCGCAUUGGAAUGCGAGAAACGGUUGGAAAAGGGUAAGAAGAUCAAACUUUUACAAGAGCCCGUUUGGACUAUGUUUUGCAAUGGAAAGAAAACCGGGUAUGCGUCAAGGAGGGAGGCUAGCGAAGAGGAUCUUCGUAUUAUGGAGCUUUUGAAGGCGGUUUCAAUGGGCGCCGGAGUUCUUCCUGGGAAAUCGGGUGAGGAUGGACAAGAAAUGGAAAUGGCGUACAUAAGGGCGCAUUUCGAGCAUGCCAUUGGAUCCAAGAAUUCAGAGACGUUUUAUAUGAUGAGCCCCGGAGGAAACAAUGGACCUGAGUUGAGUAUUUUCUUUGUAAGGAUAUGAUUGUUUUUUGUUUGUUCAUAUGGAUUUUUUGUGA